CGUUUCGAAAGUACAUGACGUAAAAUGCAAUACGACAGUUGCCCAACGAUAGCACCCUUUUUGGGCUACAUGGGCGUUGCCGCUUCCAUUGUCUUUGCCAAUGUUGGCGCCGCUGCCGGAACAGCCCGCGCCGGAACAGGUAUUAUGCAGAGUGGCAUCAAAAGUCCCGAGCUGGUUUGGAGAAAUUUGAUACCGAUAGUCAUGGCGGGUGUCAACGGAAUUUACGGACUGAUUACGAGUAUUGUUAUAUUGGGCUCCAUUUCUGCUCCAGUGGACGGUGGAUACAAUCAGUAUUCUCUGUAUACUGGAUGCGCCCACUUGGCCGCGGGUCUGUGUUGCGGUUUGAGCGGUCUCGGCUCGGGCUUAUGCAUUGGUAUUGCCGGAGACGCCGCCAUAAUGGCGUGUGGGGCCUACAGCAAGCUGUUCGUGGCCAUGGUUUUGGUCCAAGUCUUUGCCGGUAAUAUUGCUCUCUACGGACUGAUUGCGUCAAUCAUUCUGAGUCAACAAACAUACUACUGCGGCGGUCAGUAA